CCCCCCCCCCCCUCUCUCUCUCGGUUCCCACCACCGGUGCUUCCAGCAAAGAGCAGUUACUUACAAUUCUACAGUCUACCUCUGGACAUCCACCUGUAAAGGCAGGUACUCGACCUCAAGAAACCCAGUGCAUACAGUGACAUGUAUAGUGUUUAAAGGUUCAAUUUAGUUUUAAUGAACAGUAGUUAGAUAUUAUUUAUUAUUUUAAACAAUAUUCAAAAAAUGGUGCUUCAGAUAACCGCCUUGAUGAUGCUCAGGUACCUUGGGUUAGUUAUCAUCCUGACGACACUCUGCCUAGCAUCCGAUAAUGCGCCCCGAAAAUGCGAGGGUGGUGGUCUGGGGCUGAAAUAUGUCUGGGGAGACGCCCUCACAGAUUCCACCGACUGCAUAGGACCCAACGAUAUGCAGUAUCCUUCAGCAGCAAUUUCCCGUAACUUCAAGGGUCUCUGGGCCGGAAGCAGCCGUUCCGGCCGUGCGUAUCGACCGCAAACCAUUGAUCCUGAAUUGACCCGAAAGGCACUACUUCACAAUUACAAAGCGGUCCAUGGAGAUUAUUCGAUUGCAGCUGCAAAUUCUCGUAACGGUCGAACCUUCUCGUCACGAGAAACCUGCGGGUCACCGGCUAGGUUGUGCAAAACGAGGUACAACACCACAGCUCCGAUGUACGGAGUGAGCUUGACCAGCGGUCAACCAGUCACGAUCGUUCAAAAAUUCCCUGACCUCCUACAACAGGUCGUCUUCGAAGUUUGCGAAUCCAAGGAAUGCGACCUGGUCCACGGAGAGUGCACACAGACCUACGUCCCUUACCUGUUCCUGGUGAUACCUUUGGGUCCGGUAACCCUGACCGGUCAAGAUUACGUUUUGGUUGAGAGCGGAUGUAUCUGCAAGCCGAAGAACUCGGCGGCGAGUGGCGCUCCUGAGACACCAUCAGCUUCCAACUUCUAGACAAUCCUUACCCAGUAAUAUUUAACGUGUACGCUAUGCCAUUACAAUGUGCAGACUGCGUCACCAGACCGUGUAUAAUAAUUUUUUGACCUCUGCCUGGUAACGAAACAUGGGAAAAUUUUUUUUGUCCGUAGAUCAAAAAAUUAUCCGCUUAUUUUCUACCGAUGCACCGCGCUAGUAUACACGUGUAUGUAUGCAGUUACAGCGUUGCUAAAAUCGACGAAGAUAUUGCUAAAAGUGAAUCUAGCCCGGAACUAUACUUCGUAGAAUCUGGUCUUGGAAUUCGAUCUGGUCAACCUGACCUGUUCACGAACGUCUCCCAAAGCCGGUUUUCCUCACAUGAAUAUUAUACACGCUGCGUUUUAUAUACAUGUAUAUAGGUAUAUAUAUAUAUAUAUAUAUAUACACAGACAGACACGGGUGUAUAUAAGUUCGGUAAAUAUCGUGGUAGUAAAAUUAGAGAUCAUAUAGGUAGACGAUCCGGAGGUAGGUUAUAUAGGUAUACACAUACCUAUAUGCUCUUUUCACUAUUAAACCACGCUUGCAGUCCCCGUCGCAAUUACGUCUCCGUUGAUCUCCUUUCGGAACUAUGAAGUAGAAACUGGUAAAGUAAGACACUUUUAUGGUACAACGCUGUGUCAAGGAUACGAAGUACAUUUGGGAUAUGGCAAAAAUGAUACUUGUACAGUUACUGAUUAUCCCAUUCAUUUGAAAUUGACUGAUAUUUCAAACAAAGAAAGUAUAAUGUAAAGAAGUAAUCAGUUACAUGCUCUACAUCGACUAAGUUGCUCAAGUAAUAAUGACAAAUUUCUAUAGAUGGAAAGUAGGCAAAAACUGAAAUUCAAUAUAAAAACCUGAUCGUGGUAUAGAAUCUAUUAAAUAUACCAAGAGUUUAAGAUUUUGUUUAAUUUUCACAUCUUUACGUUCGAGGCACGUCUCACCACCAUUUCUUACCCAUAUUCGAUGAUAAAACUGUACGACUUUUGAAAAUAUUUCUUAAUUUUUUUCCAAUAUCGUUUCACUCGCGAAUCACACUUUGGAAUACUGUUAAUUCUUCAGAGAAAAAAAUAGCUAACAGAAGAAAAAAGGCAGGCUGAGGAAAUUUUGUAGGGAUGAAAUGAAUUUUAAAAACCAGUUCAGUCCCUUUUUCAAAUCAUUCGGUUCAAUUUAUUCUCUUGUACCAUGUUCGAUACACAGAUACAGAAGACCUUUCACUCUAUACUGCACAUAAUAAUAUUUCAAUGGGUGACUACGAUAGUAUAUGGUUAAGGUCAACACGACGAUGACGACGUUCGACGCGACCCAGAAACGAGCGUUCAAGGUCUCAGAAGCAAGUUCUUAGCACAAUGUCAUCGAAUUCUAAACGUUGAUUAUCUAUUAUUAUUAUACGAUUACUAGGUAACGGUGAAUGCGGCAGCCCGCGUGGCUGCUGAUAGCGAGAAGAACCGCGUGGCCGUUUGCGGUGUCGCUGCAUGAACAUUAUUGACAUACGUAUGUGGCCGAUGCUGCAGCACCCUGAUAGAAGCAUAUCUGGCCUUAUUGAAAACCGGACUUCUCGGUGGCUCAUCGCGUUGGGUUCGGACGUGGGACGUGCCCACGGACUAACGUACAUGGACGGACGGACGGUGACCGAAUGGACCGUACCGUGAAUUCCGAUGAGUGGAACGUACCGUUACUUCUUUGCGGGAUCCACGUCGCCUCCUUCGCUUCGCUGCUCACUUCGCCUGCACGUACUGUUUAUGGGCGAAGAAGAGUUAAAGAAACUCGCGUAUGGUAUUAAGUGCAUGUAGGACACAUUGGACAUUCAUGAGAAGUGCCGACUGCAUAAUUUUAUGCCGGUGUGCCGAUGAUUUAACACGAAUCUAAUGAGGAAGGAAAUAUGGUGCGUUUAUUGACUAACACCGCACUGCCAUAUGAUAAUAUAUAGGUAUGUUAUGCAAUUGUGAUAACGGAUCGCGAGUUUCAUCCUGUUGCAGGAUUUAAUAUCACGGUGCGUUGGUCUAUUGCGUUGACACUCUUCAUAUAUGUAUUUCGAAAUUUUGACUUUUUGGUAAACUGAGGUUUUUCUUCCCUCUGUUAUACUUUACAACGAGUUCGCACUUAAACGAUCACGAAUGUGCGGAAUGGGUGAUUAUUAAACAUAGUUUGAAUAUUAAAAUAAUAAUAAAAUAUGUUUAGCACGAUCAUAUGUCGAAUUACAAAUUUGCUUUCGAGACUAUUCAAGAUGUUCAAAUGCGGUUGUCUCGAGAGUGAAACGUGCUUAGAUCAUUUUGUUUUCUUAGAAAACGAAUUUAAUCGAAUAAUUAUCGGCUCUCAUACAUUUCAUUACAUACCGCAUAAUUUUCAACUGAUUCAUAUAAAACUCAUUUACUGUAAUUAAAGUUUAUUAUUUUUUAGAUUUUAUAGUGUAGAAUCAUUUAUAAUUUAUUAAACAGCGUGAUGCAUUGUAAAAGUAA